AUGUAUAUUGAAGAUCAAAGGAAUAAAAUUUUGGCUGUCAUGGAACCUCAUCUGAAUAGGAAUUCGAAAUCUCUGAGAGAGAGAUAUUGCAAUCACCUUGAUCCAAAUGUUGGUCAUAAUGAACUUACUAAAGAAGAGAAGUUAAAAAUAAAAUUUACUUAUGAAUCUCUAAGAACUACAAAAUCUUCUGAAAUUGCUCGUAUUCUUAAUCAGAGCAAUGUAGAAAGAAACGAGAAACGUCGCACGGACUUUUUAGUUAGAAAUUAUCUUUUUCCUAGAUUAAGGAAAGAGAAAAAAAUUAAAGAUAGAAUGUCAAUUACAAAUAUAUUGAAUAAUUGA